AUGGUGCAUACAGUAAUGUGCAAAACCCGGGUUCUCUUCGUAUACAUUGCCCUCUGGCUUGCAGCGAGUCCCGAUAAAGUAACUCCGGACACUGUGACAGCGGAGCAGCCGUACGGGUCUGGGACAAAUGCACAUUUGCAGCUGAGUUCUGCGCAGGAAGAACCAGUGGAACGCGACAGCCAAAUUCCUGCAUCAGACAAAAAUGCGACCGUUCAAUCUGGACCAUUUUCGCAUGGCGCAGCUUCCUUGCCUGAGUCGACACUUCUGUACAUCACCGAGACAGCUGCCGUCGAAGCUGCACCGUCCCCAUCCCUCCCGACGACUGUAGAUGUCUAUAUUGCAGCAUUCAAUUGGACAAUGCUGCAUGAACGCUCACCGUCUAUGUUUGUGACCGUUUACUACGGAAAUGGGACUGAGGGCGAUACAUUGACCGCCCAUGUGCAGGAACCCCAAGUUCAAGGCGUCUGGAAGAGGCCAUACUCGAUGCAACGAAGUUCUAACUCUCUCGUCCGCCCGAACUUUGAUUCAGCUGCGUUAUGGGUCACAGACCAUGUUGACAGUAGCCGCAUCAGUGUGGCAAAGUAUACAGAUAAGAUGCUCGCAACAGGAUACUUUGAGGAUCACAAAGACCACAGGUCUGUCCAAGUUGAGUCUCUAUCGUCUCGGAGGAAAAAGCCUGGGUCGACGGAAAAUCACCGCCGACAUGCGCGUAAACUGCGUCGUCGAGGUGGAAAUCGAGCAAACGCAUACCUACAGUUUCAGCCAGCAUACGGGCAAGACCUCCACACAUUCGUCCACAUCGCUGCUGGAAAGGUCGAUGCAGCUCUGGCUGGGAGUCUUUUGUUGAAUCCGCAGCCGAAAGGCGACAUUUACAUCCACAGCGUCCUCGAAAUUCCGCACGCCUUCCGGAAGUGGGUGGAUCCUGAUUACGCACCACUAUGGGAUCCUGAGUUUAUCGUCACAGGCGACUAUUGGAGCUCAACACUAACACCCUGGUACAAUACUUCUUCGGUAUCAUUAACGAAUGGCACAUACGCGAUGGCCGAGGGGUUCUACAAGCACCGAUAUGCAAGUCUUACCAUUCAUAGAGCUUCUAUGAUCCCCGGCUGGUUUAAUGUGGAUGAGACUCCAGAUCCGAAAAUGAAAAUCCUCGUUAGCGGCGAGGCAGGCUUCAGCGGUGCCAAGAGACUAUCAGGCGCCAUACUUCAGAAAUCGAAUCAUGUGAAGCGCAGGCAGUUCAACAGUGAAAAGCAGGUGCUGUUGAAAAGACAUGCGAAAACAGUCGCCCUUUUGAGGAGUCGAUUUGACGCCGAGACGAAAGAGCUUCAAUCCGAGCACUCCCAAAGUCCCGAUGUCAUAAAGAAGCUAGAGAAAGAAAUCGAGGCUCUGGAAAUGGUGAGUUCGCUGCAGCCACACAUUCGCUCGCUGCAGCAGUAA